CUGUGCCCACCGAGGUCAGUGCUGCUGGUCGCUGCUGCUCCUUUCAGGAGAGCACACCCAGGCAAGGGAACGCUGGGGAAAAGGGAACUGCUUCCCGAGCCCUGCUGGGGCUGGGGCGGUGGUGGGCUGGGAUGCCACUGCUGCUCACAGGCCAGAAACCAAGCUCCCAAGGAGGAGCAGGGCUGUGUUUUAUGCCAGGAGCCUGGUGCUCCCUGCCCAGAUGAGCAAACCGUGCCUUGCCCUCAAAGAGCAGCUACCCCAGAGGCUGCCAGGAGCGUGCGAGCAGGUACCUCUCUCCUCUGGCUCUGCACCCUGGAGAUGGCAGCACCCAAGGUCGCAGUGGUUGGUGCUGGAGUCAUUGGCCUGUCCACAGCCCAGUGCAUCACGGAGACCUGCCCUGGCUGCUCCCUCACUGUCCUUUCAGACCAGUUCAGCCCCAACACAACGAGUGACGUGGCAGCUGGGAUGCUCAUCCCUCACACCUGCCCAGGCACACCCCCCCACCUGCAGAAGCAGUGGUUCAGAGAGACCUUCACGUACCUUUUUGCCAUCAGCAGCUCAGCAGAGGCCUCAGAGGCUGGUGUCCACCUGGUCUCUGGAUGGCAAGUCUUUAAAAACCCUCCCAAGGAAGAGCUGCCUUUCUGGUCAGAUGUUGUCCUGGGAUUUCGACCCAUGUCCGAAGCAGAACUCCAGAAGUUUCCUCAGCACCAGUUUGGUCAGGCCUUCACGACACUGAGAUGUGACUGUCCCCCCUACCUGCAGUGGCUGGAGAAAAGGUUGAAAGCAACUGGUGUCCAGAUGCAGACCAGGAAAGUUGCAGACCUGUGGGAGCUGCACAGUGAAUAUGACGUUGUUGUCAACUGUGCAGGCAUUGGAGCCCACCAGCUGGUGGGGGAUGAGAAGCUCUUCCCCGUCAGGGGACAAGUACUCAAGGUUGAUGCUCCUUGGGUGAAAAACUUCAUCCGUGAUGGGGAUGGUUUAACCUACAUCUACCCAGGGAUACACAGGGUGACCCUGGGGGGAACCAGGGAAAAGGACAACUGGAGUCUGUCUCCUGAUCCUGCUGCUACCAAAGACAUCUUGGAGAGGUGCUGCUCUCUUGAGCCCUCCCUGCGAGGAGCUCAGGAGAUCAAGGUGAAGGUGGGUCUGAGGCCAGCCAGGCAGAGUGUGAGGCUGCAGAGAGAGGUCUUGAGCCAAGGAGGAGUUAAGCUCCCGGUGGUCCACAACUAUGGGCAUGGGGCAGGUGGCUUUUCAGUGCACAGGGGCACAGCCAAAGAGGCUGCUCGCCUGGUGGGAGAAUGCAUUGCUGCCCUGCAAGUCUCCUCAUCGAGGGCCAAGCUUUGAAUCCCAGAGGCUGCUGUUACAUUCCCAACAGGCUAGUGUUGCAUCUCCUAGGAGCACCUUUGGAUUUUUGUUCCCUUCUGGGAUAGAAGGAACCUAAGGCAACAGCUUGUGCCAUUGCAGAUGUUCAGCGGUAUCUCACCUGGCUGCCAGUUGCCACCUUGGAGAGGCAUGAUGGGUUGAUCCAGUGUUAGUCCAGCUGUUCUUCUCCUCCAUCUGGCAUUGCUUCUGUCCUGGGCAUUGGAGGAGGGGAAAUUGAGGUGAGACACAAGGAGGAAAUUCUGGAGUGUGAGGGUGGUGAGAGCCUGGCCCAGGUUGCCCAGGGAAGCUGUGGCUGCCCCAUCCCUGGCAGUGUUGAAGGGCAGGUUGGAUGGGGCUUGGAGCAACCUGGUCUGGUGGGAGGUGUCCCUGCCCUUGCAGGGGGUUGGAACUCCUAUGAAAUCUGAUCUAGCACUGCCCUGGCUCCUGCCAUCUUGCCAACCACCUUCACCAUUUCCCGUGUGAUUCCCAAGGAAGAGAAAGCCCCAGGCAGUGCUGCAGGGCAGUGUUCAGGUCAGCUCUCCCAGCAAGCCGUGGCAGGUCACUGCCAAGCACAUUGUAAGAGCAGAUCUGGGAGGUGCUCACUGCAGGACCUUGUAUGACACCCAGGAAACUCCCAAGUUUCUGCAAGAGGAGGUGGCCCCCUGGGAGCUACACUUUUGUGCAUCUUUCUUCAUGCUUGUUUGUAAAGAUCUUUUCUUUCCAACCCCUGUGAUUUUGCACUCAGACACAGAUUAUUCCACCACCCCCCCCCCCCCCGCCCCAACAGCAGCAUUGACAUGUCCUGUGUUCUACAGCAGAAGGUUUUUCAGGGUGGGCUUGGGGAUCCAGCAUCUCCUCUCCUUGCCUCAGCUCUGGCUGCUGUCCUUCAGCAGCUGAUGCCAAUAAAUCAGCAACAAACCAGCAAGGAUCUUAACACCAGCUUCAGUUUCACAUGGGAGAGGAGGGCCAGUUGAGACAAGGUAAACACUCUUAAAGACAAAUCUGUCUGUAACUGGAGGUGAGUGAGCUCCUCUGCUGUAAGGAAGCUGAGCCAGGGGCUGAGCUGAGCUUCACCCCCUCAGCAGUACAAGCCCUCUGCUGUGGAUGGAGACCCACCCUCAGCUCACUCCCCAGAACAGGUCUGACUGUUGGUGAUUAAACCACUUGUGACAUCUGAAAUGGCUCAUUCAAGACCCUUGGCAGCCACUUUAGACUAGGUUGGUGUUUGUUUUUAUUUCUCCUUAGAAAGCACAUCUAAAUUCUUCCCAGAAUUCACAUGAUUAAAAUGAGCUGAUCAAUAAAGUUCUAGUCAUGGAGCAAA